UUCAGUAAAAUGUUUGCAACCUUUUCCCUAUAACCUACAAAUACGUCAAAUUUUAACAAAACCCUUCAGAAUUUACUUAAAAUACAACAAAAACAUUGAAUUAAACGAUUUUAAUAACGUUAAAAUUAGUAUUUUUAUUAAAUAAUUCCAUUAGUGUAUUAGAAAGGGUGCCUACGAAUUAUUUUUGUGUUGAUAUGGAGGCCAAAGAUAACUUUCAAUCAUGUGAUGAUCUAACAAACACAAAUGAAGAAAGUUCAUCAGAAAUCACAACAGAUACCUUAGGAUCUGGUACAGAAAAGCUUCCUUCGAAAAUAGAAAGCAAAGGAAAAGAAGAUAAAUAUGAGCUUUCAUUUGAAUUUAGACAAAAACUAGAGCAGUUUCCUGAGAUUUUAGAUUUUAUCAAAAUGUUACAGAAAUGCAUUGAGAAACAGAAGAAAAAAUUGAAAAAAUAUAAAAAAGAGAAAGUGAAGAAAAAAUCAGUUGCAACUCAAACCAAUCAAGAAUCCAUUAAAAAUGGAUGUACAAUUGAAGCAAAACCAAAUUUAACUAAAUCAGUAACUGAAGAAAUAACUGAAGCUGCCCAGCAAGCACUGCACACAAAUGGAUUUGUCUAUGAAGAGACAUCAGGACUCUACUAUGAUUAUAACUCUGGUUAUUAUUACAAUGCAGAAUAUGGUUUAUAUUAUGAUGGCAACUCAGGCACAUAUCUCAAGUAUAAUCAAGACACAAAAGAGUAUGAAUUCCACUCACAAACAGAAGGUAUUGAAGUACAACAUACAAAACACACCAAGCGAAAAAGUAAAAAAAGGCAAAAAUCAAAACAGGAUGAACCACAUGACGACGACGAAGAUCAAGACGCAAGAAAGAAGACCAAGAUUUCACCUGAGGUUAAACCACAGCAAGAGUUGGAGGACGGCGAAUGUACAGAACUCUCUGAAAGUUCGUCUACUAGUUUCUCGGAUGAGAGUGAUAUUGACGUAUCAAAACAAUAUCCCCCAUGCAUGCGGAUAAUAAUCGAAGAAACCGCAAUUCCAUCUUUAAAACCAGGCUCUCUGCACCUGAUAACUUUCGAGGGUGGGUCAAUAGGUCGCGAAGGCGGACAUGCCUUGCUUCUGCCUGAAAUCAACACCAGCAAACACCAUGCAAAGAUCACCUACGACUCUGAAAAAAACUCCUAUUUUCUAACUGAUAUAGGCUCCAGGAACGGCACGCUCCUAAAUGGCAAACGCGUAUCCCCAGCAAAAGUUGAAAGCGAGCCGAUGGAAAUUCCGCAUGGCAGUCGGGUGCAAAUAGGAAGCACUAUUCUCUUGUGUCACGUGCAUAAUGGCAAUCAGACAUGCGGCCAUUGCGAGCCGGGAUUAUUGAAAAACUUGCAAACCAAAGAACCAACUACAGAAGAAGAAGUUAAAAAUACGAAAAGUAUAGAUCACAAACAUCAGUUGAAGCAACUACGGAAAAAGUUUGGUUUAACGCAGAAUGAUCAAGGAAAGACCGCCCCCGGGGCGGGAUAUAAAGAUAGAGCAUUACAGAGACGCGUCACGGUCGGCAGUCAAAAUCCACAUGAAAAAACACAGACUGCUUCCCUUACAGAAUCCAUUGCGUCAAACAAUAAAGGGUUUAAACUACUAUCAAAGAUGGGUUGGAAAGAAGGUCAAGCACUUGGGAAAGACAAUCAAGGACGAUUAGAACCCAUUGAGCUUUUAUCGAAUCCCGGAACCUCUGGAAUGGGUUCCACAAGCGAUACCAAAGUGAUUCAACCCAGCACCAUUGUACAACCGAAAAAUCCAAAGAAGAAUGUUUGGAGUAAAGCACAGGAGCGCUAUAAUCAAGCGCAAGCACCGGACGACAUCUUUGAUUUAUCGGAUUUAUAAAUAUUUAACAUGUAUCAAAAUUAUAAAAUAUUGUGCCCCGCACAUAUCAAGAGAGAGCAAACGAAUUAUAAAAUAAGAACUGAACAAGUAAUAA